AUGUCAUCUGACGGUUUUGCCGGUCAGGUUGUCAUUUAUACCGAAGUCGGAAAUUCGAAAUGUGCAAAAGGGCGAGAAUUAUUGAGUCAGGAGAGAAUUCCAUACACCGAUGUUUCUUUGGAUUCAUUUCCACAGGUAAGCCAAUACUUUAAGGGAGACUCAUAAUUAUAUUCAAAAAUUGUAUUGAUUUUAUGGGGCUCGUGGGAGUUUUUGUUUUUUUCUGUGUGGUUGGCUUGGCGCUGGUCAUUUUUUUUUUUGAGAAGUACGAUCCGAUUUUUUUUUGGAAAAUUCGAAAAUUCGUGAACUUUUUAAAGAACAAUUCCAGCCUUUCGGAUUCAUUUUUAUCUAUGAAUUCCAAACCAAAAGUUUUUUUUUUCCCAAACUUUUGUCCGAAAUAGAACAAUAGAAGAAUGAGUCAACUGAACAGCAGCCAACAUCAUCCAACAUUUCCCUUUCAAAAUUCUCAAUUUUUCCCAGCACGCUCAAGAAAUCUUCGAUCGCACAGGAACCGACGUUCUUCCUCAAAUCUUCUUCAAUAACAUUUACAUCGGUCACGAUACCGAUUUAGAUCAAUUGGUCAGUUUCUAGAUCUAUGUAGAAUUAUUCCAAUUCCUUUUCUAGAUCAAUGAAAAAAUGAAAUGGGAAGCGAUUAUUGAAAUGGUUCGUCGCGAAAAAUGUCGACACGGUCCAAUAGUUCCGAAUCCAAUGAAUGCAAUUGGCUAUGAUGAGAAUGAAGAUGUUGAGAAUAACAACAAAAAAGAGGAGAUGACGAUUUGGGUACCGGAUGAAUAUGCAAAAUUGGUUCGAGAUAUGAAAGCGGCUCAAUUGAUAAAAAAUAAUCGAGUAUCUUUUCGAACAACUUAUAAGAAUUCAUUCAAAGGGGAACAACUUAUCGAAUGGUUGAUGAAGGAAAAAUCAAUUAGUAUGUUUUUUUGCAGAAUUUAUUUUGGGGUUCGUAAGACAACAGAUAAAAACUAGAUCAUUUGAUAAGAGUAGAUCAUUGAUGUGAUUCAAAGUUUUUCGUGGCGUCCUUGUCCAUUUUUCAAAAAUAAAAAAAAUUCGGAAAGGAAAACUUGUACACUUUUCUGUACCGGAGGUCUUUUUCAUUGCCUCAAGAAUAUUUUUUCUGUCCUAUUUUUCUAAUAAGUCAAAAAUUGAACUUUCUUCAAUAGAAAAUCAGACUCCCUAAUCAACGUCAUUUCUAACAAAGUGUUCGUAUUUUUCUGCCAACCCACAAAAUAUAACCGCCAUUGUUGUGUCUCCGUCUUCAAUCAUUGACCUUAUCAAUUCUCCUAACUUUUUUCUAUAUUUUUUCUCUUAAAAAUCUCCACCCAUAAUUUUUUCUAUCUCUAUAAAUACCAGUAUUUUCUCCAUUUCCUUAUAUCUAAAAUGGAUAAAAUGGAUAAGUUGGGUCUACGAAAAUUGUCGGCACUAAAUCUCGACCGAUUCAAUUUAACACAUCAGGAUCGAUUAUAUGAUGAUGAUGAUUGGUCGGAUUCGCCACAUGAAUGGGAUACUCCAAGAUUUGAUGAUUCAAUUGCAAGUCCACUACAUUAUAAUUAUGGUAUUAUGUAUUCAAAAAUACACAUUCCAACAAACAAAAAACAAAUAUUGUUUUGUUUCUUUUGAAAUUGAAAAAAAUCGAGAGGGAAAAGGGAAAAGAGACAGCAAAAUGUAGUAUUUAUUUUUGUUUUUUUGCAGAGAGAAGUGAGGCAUUGGAAAUCGGACAAGAAUUGAUUGAUCGACACGUUGGUCAACAAACAUCCAAAGAAUCUGGAAUGACUUUCAGUCCUGAUAGGUAGGCGAGUUAGUGAGAUGUAGAGAAAAACUGAGAUUUUUAGAUAUUAUCAACUUGUGGAAGAUGAUGAAAAUAAACCAUUGAACGCAAAAUCUUCAGAUGAUGAAAAUCCGGAAAAAAUGAGUGUUGAAGAAUGUAACAACACUUUGAUCAAGUUAUUGAAACCAAUUUAUGAGAAAAUUUUAUCAGAUGAUAAUACGGUGAGCGCUUAUUUGAUUUUAAAAAUGAUUUACCUCAAAAUCUUUCAAAUUUUAGUCAAUAAUCUAUCAAAAACUAACAAACAACGACGAAUUCAAUCGAUAUCUUCAAUUCUCCAAAGAAUUGAAUAAUCUUGAUCUCAACAAUUCUUCGGCAGAUGAUCGUCUCACAUUUUUCAUCAAUAUUUACAAUAUUAUUCUAAUCCAUAUAAUAUAUAAAUUCGGUCAACCUCAAAGUAUUUGGCAGCGAAGAAAAUUAGUAAACGGAACAUAUUAUUUGUUGGGUGGACAUCGAUACGCUCUUCACUCAAUUAUUAAUGGAAUUUUGCGAGCAAAUCGAAAAGGACCGGGAAUGUUAUGGAAAGCGUUUGGAAAACAGGAUGGGAGAUUGAAUUUAUCACUUGCGAAUUGUGAUCCGCUUAUUCAUUUUGGAUUAUGCACUGGGUCAAGAACAACACCAUUGCUCAGAUUAUACAAUACCAAAACAAUUUACCAAGAACUUCGACUAAAUGCUAAACAAACUCUAUUACGUGGCGAUAAAUAUCUUCGAAUUGAUACCAAGAAAAAUAUAAUUCAUCUUGGAAAAACAUUCAAAUGGUAUUCGGAAGAUUUCGGAGGAACUACCGAAAAAAUCCUGCAAUGGAUUUUGGACAUUAUUAGCGAUGAUGAAAGUGAUAAGAAGCACAAUUUGCAAAAACUAUUUUUUACUGGCGAUUAUUCAGUGGAAUAUAUUGCGUAUGAUUGGUCGACAAAUAGUAAAGAAUUCAAUUCGGUUGGAACAAUUAGUGAGAAUAGAGAAUCGAGUUCUGUGGAUGAGAAAUAA